AGGUAAGGCCCAUACCAAUGCAACGAACUUUGAGGUUAGAAAUGUAAUUUUCACGUUACCCUCCGGAGACAAAAAGGAGUUCACGGCAAAAACUUCUGUUCACGGAUCAAAGCGAAGAAGACGAUGGCUACGACGUCGUUCCAUCGUUACGCCGUCGUAUCGCUUCUCAUGAUCUUCUUCAUACAACCUUCGAUCUCCAUUUACUGCGACGAAGAUGAUUGCUACGAUCUACUAGGGGUUUCUCAAAAUGCAAAUGCAUCUGAAAUCAAGAAAGCUUACUACAAGCUCUCAUUGAAACAUCAUCCGGAUAAAAACCCAGAUCCCGAAUCGAAAAAAUUGUUUGUAAAAAUUGCAAAUGCUUACGAGAUCUUAAAAGAUGAAGCUACAAGAGGGCAAUAUGAUUAUGCAAUUGAGCACCCAGAGGAGGUGUUUUAUAAUACAGCUCGCUAUUAUCAUGCUUAUUAUGGUCACAAAACGGAUCCUCGUGCUGUUUUAGUGGGACUUCUUCUAAUUCUCUCAGCAUUUCAAUAUUUGAAUCAGUGGACAAGGUAUCAUCAGGCUAUUGACAUGGUGAAAAGAACACCAGCAUACAAAAAUAAGUUGAAGGCAUUGGAACUUGAACGCACUGGAGCAUUAUCAAGCAAAAAGAAGGGUGGUUACAAGCUUGACAAGAAAACACAGGAAGAGCUGAGCAAGGAACUUGAACUACAGAUAAAAGGUGCUGAAAAGCCAUCAAUGUGGGGACUUCUUGCUGUUCGUUUUAUACUCUUGCCAUACACUCUUGGAAAGUUAGUUUUAUGGCAUGGAUCUUGUAUCUUGAUGAGUCAACCAAGAAAGAUCUCAUCAAUCGACGUUUAUGGGUGAAGUCAAACUUAGAGAUCUACCUUGCUGAGAUGCGAAAAGAGUCAAAGAGGAGAAGGUAAAAUGAACCGGAAGUCAAAGGUUUGACUUUGACUACCAUUAGUCAAUAAACCAGAAUCAAAUUACAGAAGAUUAAAAUUUUUGAUCCAAGUAAACUCAUGAUACACAUUACAACUUACUAUGCCUCUAUAGCUACU